AUUUUCUUUUCCUCUCCAUAGCAGUUUGUUGGGAAAAAAAUAAUAUUUAUUUUUGAAAAAAAAACGUACACAGCUUGAAGAAGCGGCAGCACUGUUGUUGGAUCCUUUCUUCGUUCUGUUCUGCUUCAGAUCUACAUCUGGUGCUCCAUUUUGAAAGUUUCUCUGGCGUUGUCCGCACGAGAGGGAGUUUAUUUGGCGGUUGAUUUCUAUUUAUUACUCGGAACGGGGCAGAUUUAGUUGAUCUGAAUCGGGGAGAUCGAUGCUCUCGGUGAUUCAAUUAAUGAUGGAGGACCUUGUACUUGUUGGAUUGUCCAGUUAGAUAGUCAGUUUAGAUCUGCUGAGGAGGAAUUCUAGCUGCUUAAUUUGCAAAUCGAAUCGAUAAAAUUUUGGUUUUCUAGCUUGUUUCUGAUAAGUUGGACUGAGUUGUAGUGUUGAAUCAAGUAGAAUACUCCUUGAAUCAGACUUAAUCGGCCACUAAGGUACUGUUGAAUCACUUGUUAUUGCCAUGGAAACCCUUGUUGUGGUGCAGCACAGGAACCAAUACUGCGGCAAACCCAAGGCUCACAGUCCCGCUCGAUUUGGGUCAUCGUCUUCCAGGGACUUUAGGGGGAUCGAUUGUAGGACUUUUCAUUCGGGAACAGGUAUCCUCCCAACCCCAUUCAGAUCUUACAGUUCACCUUUAACUGAACCGCCCCACCCAUCUUCCCCAAAAACACCAUCACCGCCAGUCAAUUCAAACUCCGAUAGGAAAACCCUCAGUAAAAUUACUCCCAAAAGCGCACCAAUUCCAAUUAAUGUGGGUGCUCGUGACAAAAUGAGACCCUUCAGUGAUGAAGUCCCUGAUGGAAAUCUGUUGUUCUCAGAACUUUGGGCUGGUCCCACCUACUCAAAUUCGCCUCCACCGAGUUCUUUGCCAAUCCCCAAAUUUUCUGUGCGACCAAAGAGGACCGUGUCUCUUGAUCUGCCUAGUUCCUCCCCUGAGAUCACAAUGCACCCACUUGCUAAGUCUGCGCCUGCAUCCCCUGCCAGGGAGCAUUCCCCUUCUAAAAGAGACCUGUUUUGUAGUACUGAUUCUGCAACUAAGACUCUAUGUCGCAUUCUCAACCUUAACAUAAAUGAUGAUUGAGGCAAGUAGAGCGUCGGGCUCCUGUAAAUAAAGUCUACUGUGCAACUCUGUUGAUGUUAGAUAGAUGUAUAUAGAAAUCGAAUAAAAUUUGUAGCCUGAGUCAGUUUGAGUUCAUUUGUUUAGCCUUCAGUGGUGGUGGUGGUGGUGCCUUUGAUAUUUAGGGUUGGGGUUGGUCAACAAUCUCCAGAGGAAUUUGGAUCGAGCUUUGGCGUGGAGAGGGUAAUGAUGUGUAAACCUGAGAUAGAGCAGGGCUUGCUGCUGGUGAUGUGGGAUGGACGGAAGGUGCCAAGAAAUGAUCGGGAGGCAGAGAAGAGUAAUCGUAGGAGUGGUACAGUGUAGUCUUGGUUGACUAUUAUUUAAUCCAUUGGGCCUGAAGGAAGCUGCAUUAAAGUUGAAUCUUCAAGUUAUGUAGUUUUUAGCGUUUUCUCCACAUAGAAUGGUUGAUUUCUUUUAAUCUUAAUUUUAGGCCUCUUGCUCCAGGUGCUUUGUACAUACUGUAGAAUCUUAAACUUAUAGAAACCCAACCCACUCUUUAACCCUUUAGAGCUCAUUUAUUUGCUUUUUCUUUCCUCCUUUCAUGGUCUGAUUCAUGUAUCGGUCAAAUUCUCUCUUCAACAAUUAACAGUGAAAGUUGCCCUACUUUCCUUCAUGAUUCCUUGCAUGCUAAUUACUACCUCACUGAACUAUCUCCUCGCCUGUUGAGGCCUCACUUCUUAGCAGCCCUCUGAACGUUUGUCCCUUCUGUAUCUUUUCUGCCUUUUUUACAAGGAAAAGUUGGAAGGGUUUAGUUACAGUCCUUUGUAAGCGUUUGCUUCAAUUUAAGGUUAAACCAUGUCACACUACUUCGUAGUAAGUUUCAAACGAACUGCUGUCUGUCCCAUGGUUGCCCUAGGGUAACGCAUCUGUUCUCUGUCUUGGCCUGGCUCUAUCUUCCUUGGAUUGGAGAAUGUUGACCUUGCUUUGCUAAAUUUCAAGGAAACUGUAGGAGAAGCGUAAUGGAGUCAUAAGACGUGGUCAUUGUCUUCUGCGUGGUCCGUUGUGUUGCGAGAUUUCUGAGUCAGUUUUUCUUUCGCGUCAUUUAUGGUUCGCAAAUCUGUCCUUUGGUUGCUUUUUGUGUUUUGUUCUCCUCAAUUUCUGGAAACUGUAGUGUCCGCGGAAAUAAAUCUAGUGACUAUUAUCAUCAUAUAUUAUUAUCUUUGAUUCAAAUAUGAUGCCGAAUGCAUUGACUA